CUUCGAGGGACUUAGUUUGGAGGUCUUUCGCGGCUUCGGAGGCCCCAAUCAGGUCGGAGGCUGCUUUUGAGCAGCCACCAAGCAACGCGUCAUGUUGCGACCGGAUCACCUCUUUCCGCAUGACCUCACCAACUCGCACCAUCAGGACCUCGCUCAGAAUGUGGAGGAGCUGAUGCACCAUGGCCCCUCGCGGCAGUUCUCCGACCUGGUGCGAACCACUUCCAGGCUUUCCACCACCUCGAUGCUGCAGGGUGCCAAGGUGGAGGACAUGACGCAGGCCCAGCUCUGCACGGCGCUGAAGACUGACGCGGACUCGGGGCUGUCGGAGGAGAAGGCUGCGGCGCGGCUGCUGAAGGAUGGGCCAAAUCAGCUGACGCAAGAGCCCCGCCUGGGGCUCUUCAUGCUCUUCCUGCUGCAACUGACCAGCUUUAUCAUCAUCCUGCUUAUCAUUGCUGCCAUUGCCUCCAUCGUGGUGAAUGCCACCAACGAGGGCAAACGUGAUGAGAUCCUUUCAUACACCACCGGCAUGGCGAUCUUCGUGCUGGUGAUUCUGAACGCCGGCAUCGCGGCCUACACGGAGCACCAGGCGGGGAACGCGCUGGACGCCUUGGCCAAGCUCUCGCAGCCCGAGGUCUCGGUGCUGCGCAGCGGCGAGCGGCUCUCGGUGCCCACAGUGGACGUGGUGCGGGGGGACAUUGUGCUCCUGGAGACGGGGGACGUGGUACCUGCUGACCUGCGCCUCAUCGAGGCUUCGGACGUGAAGGUGGACGAAAAGGCUCUCACCGGGGAGCCGGACGACGUGUCGAAGAAUACGAAGAUCAAGGAGCAGACCAAACUCACACCGGAGAACAUGGUCUUCUCAGGCUGCCCCGUGGCCAGCGGCAAGUGCAAGGGUGUGGUGGUGGCAACUGGCAUGGACACCCGCAUCGGAGAGAUUGCGAAGAUGAUGGCGAACGAGGACACCAAGACGAGCGGCGGAUUGUGCGACUGCCUGCCCGCGUCCGCGGAGAACAAGACGCCGCUGCAGGAGAAUGUGGAAAGCCUGGGUGCGCGUAUUGGCAUCCUGGCCAUCGUCAUCUGCGCCGUGGUCUUUGUCAUCGGCCUGCUGAUCGGCACCAAGGACCCCGAGUAUCCGGAGAACCCGAGCUGGAUCUACAUGAUCCUGAUCGCCGUGACCCUGGCGGUGGCCGCCAUCCCCGAGGGCAUCCCGCUCUGCGUGACCAUCAGCCUGGCCAUCGGCUGCCAGGAGAUGGUGAAGGAAAACGUGCAGGUCCGCAAGAUCGCGGCGGUGGAGACCUUGGGCUCCGCCUCGGUGAUCUGCAGCGACAAGACGGGGACGCUGACCGAAGGCAAAAUGACCAUGACCAAGAUGUGGUCCGGAAAUGUGGAGUACUACCUCACCGGCCAGGGCUUUGACCCCACCAAAGGCCAAAUCAUGCGCGCGAAUGCAGUGCUGCCUCCAGGCGCCACGAGCAACGGGGACCUCGGGGUGCGCACCACGCUGCUGGCGGCGCUGCUCUGCAGCGACACGGAGCUCUUCGAAGCGGAGGAUCCCACCACCGGCGAGAGGGCCUGGCAGUACCGCGGCAACUCCUCGGAGGCGCCCAUCGUGGUGGCGGCCCGGAAGGCGGGCCUUCCCAAAGAUGCGUCCCAGGCGUACAGGCGGCUGGUGAACAUCCCGUUCUCCUCAGCGCGGAAGAUGAUGCUCACCGUGAGCGACGUGAGGGGGCGGCAAGUUCUCUGCGACGGCGGCAUGGCGCUGCCCCCGAAUUGCCAAGCCUUCACUGUGUGCAAGGGCGCCCCGAACUGGAUCAUCCAGAGCUGCUCCAGCAUCCUGCGGGAGGACGGCAGCGUGGCUCCUCUCUCGGAGGGCGAGAAGCAGCAGAUCAACAACUCGGUGGUGGACGCGUAUUCGGACCAGGCGCUGCGGGUCUUGGCCGUGGCGGUGGGCUGCAUCCAGCAGCCUCCCUUUGAACUGGAGAACGAGGACAUCCCGGUGGAUCAGAAGUUCGAGGCCUUGAGGUCUGGGCUGACGCUGGUGGGCAUGGUGGCCUCCUUGGACCCUGACCGCGAAGGGGUCCAGGAGUCCGUGAUCGCCGCGCGGUCCGCGGGCAUCCGCGUGGUCAUGAUCACCGGGGAUUACCUGAAGACAGCCAUCGCCAUCGCCAGGCGCGUCGACAUCCUGCAGCCCCAGGACGACGUGGGCGAGUCCGCAGUCGACUGCAACUCGUUGCGUCCCAACGGGGACGACUACUUGCCGGACGAGCGCAUCGAUGAUAUGACGGCGCGGGUGCGCGUCUUCGCGCGCGCGAAACCGGCGGACAAGCUGGAGAUCGUGAAGUCCCUGCAACGGCAGGGCCUCGUAUGCGCCAUGACGGGGGACGGGGUGAACGACGCCCCGGCGCUGAACGAGGCGCGGAUCGGCGUGGCCAUGGGCCUCCAGGGCACCGAGGUGGCCAAGGGCGCCUCCGAGAUGAUCCUGACGGACGACAACUUCACCUCCAUCGUCCGCGCGGUGGAGAAGGGCCGCGCCAUCUACGCGGGGAUUCAGAAGUUCGUGGCCUUCAUCAUGUCCGUGCACAUCGCCGAAGUGAUCCAAAUCUUUUGGUGUGUGGUGACAUCCAUGCCUUUGAUGCGCACGCCCCUGCAGAUCCUCUUCCUGAUUCUGGUCACCGAUCUGCCUCCCUCCAUUGCCCUUGGCAUGGAGCCGGGAGAAAGGAACAUCUUGGAGCAGCCGCCGCGGCCCAAAGAUGAACCCAUUGUUCUGAACUGGAUGUGGGUGAGCAUUCUCCUCAACGGCUUCGUCCUGUCCGCGGUCAUCAUCGGGGUGUACAUUAUCUCGCUGCAGCAUUACGUGGGCGUGGUGUUCCUGAAAGACAUCCUCAGGUUGAAGGAGGAAGCAGGGGACUCCCAAGACGAGAUCGAUGCCCUGCUGGCGAGGGCCAGGACGGUGGCCUUCAUCUCCCUGGUCUUCUGCGAGAACGUGCGCGCCUACAUCUGCCGGUCCUUCUCGGAACCGGUGUGGGUUGACCUUUGCACGAACCCGGUGAUGCAAAAGGCGGUGCUUAUGGCGCAGGCGGCGAUGCUUUGCGCGGUGCUGAUCCCCUUCUUUUCCGAUGAGAUCCUGGGCUUGGACGGCUUGCACAUCGGCUGGUGGGGUUGGACCUUCUCGCUUGUAGGCCCGGUGGCCACCACAAUUCUCUGCGAGCUCUGCAAGCUCCUCACCAAGUGCCAGAUGCGGCGGUACCAGGAGCGCCUGAAGCGGAAAGAGGGAUACUACCUGGAAGGUUCUGAGGACGAGAUCACCUCAAGCGAUUCCACGGACUCUGACCUGGCGCAGGGGUGAAGCGGGGCAGGAGGGUCCGUCGGAAGCGCAGCUUCAAGUGGUGGGCGUGGGUCAAAACCAAUGGUACCUCUUUGGGGUAGGU